CAGAGUCAACCAGAGACCAACAAGGAGCAUCCUGAGGACUCAACACCCAAUAAUAUUCAACAGAAAACUAAUCAAGCAACCUCAGGCUUUUGAAAACAUGUCUGACAGUACACAAAAAGACCCGCAAGUUAUCUUUUGUGACGUGUGCACAGAUGAGGACAGGAAACCAGCACGAAAGACCUGCAUGAAAUGUGAGAUCUCCAUGUGCGUCCAGCAUCUCCAGAUCCACCUGACCACUCCUGUGUUGAUACAAACUCAUCCUCUGACUGAGCCGAUGGCUUUAUGUGGGACCACUAAAUGCCCUCAACAUGGCAAACUGCUGGAGUACUACUGUCUGGAUGACAGGACCUGUCUCUGUGUUUCCUGUGCCAUUGAAGGCCAGCACCGCCUGCACAACAUGAAGACCUUCUCCACAGCCCACAAGGAGCUCAUGGAAAAGCUCAGUGCUGAGCAGCAGGCUUUACUGGUGAAAACUGAUGAUGAGAACGUGAGUCUGGAAAAGUGGGAGAAAAGUGAAAGAGAGAAGCUGGGUCGCUGCAGUGUGCGUCUCAUUGAGGCUGUGAGUAAGCUGCGUGACACCGCCUUGACCAGCGUCCAGAGUUCAGUCUCUGCUCGUAUGGUGGCCAUGAAAACCAGUAAGAGCAGCAUGCAAGCAGCACAGGAGGAGAAAGACACCUUCAGAUUCCUGCAGAUGUAUUCUCAGGUGCAUCAGGAUAUGGAGAAGGCCAAGGCCGUGGAUCUGAGAAAAGGGUUGGAGCCUGGCAGCGAUCGUGAUAAACUGGUUGAGGAGAUGAGACAGGGUGGUGAAAAGAUGACUGAGCAAGCAGACCAGUUGUGGUGUUCUUUGUUGACUCUGGUUGACCCUGAAAACCACCAGGAGCUCAUUGCUACUAGUUCAGACCUGAUCUUUGACCCGCAGAAUUGGGGCCCUGGCAUAUCACUGUCCAAAGACCAGAGGAAGGUUUUCUACACUGAUAAGCUGGAACAAAACUCUUCCACGUCCAGCAUUUUUCACCUUAAGAGUACCCAGUCGGUUCCCAACUUUCAGAGGUGGGUGAUCAGCCUUUCUGAAGACUGUGACUGGACCGUUGGUUUAUGUGACAAAAAAUAUGCAAAAGAGUCGAACAAUGGAGAUGUCUAUGGACUGUGCUGCAAAGAAGGUAACAAUCUCAGCUUUCUCACAACAGAAUAUGAUGAGGUUAUCGAAGCAUCUGAAUCCAUGCAAAACAUGCAAAAGCCCAAUCAAGAGAAAAAACGCAGUGUCUCUCUUCAGCCGAUCAACCCUCCAGGUGAAGAUGUCACAAAGAUAAUGGCACGACCACAAAAAGUGGAAGUGGUGUGGAGCUUUCCUAACUCAUUAUCGUUCUUCAGCAGGAUCGGCCAGAACCAGAGAAUGAAAAUAGUCACAGUUAAAAUCAGCUCCUCCAACUGGGAACUAGCUCCUUUUGUUCGUUUUGAAGGGAAAAAGUCACAACAGAGUGUGAAUAAGGCAAGUCAAAGUCUAUUUGGAGCUCAACCACAAUACCAGAAGGAAUGGAAAUGCUCAUGUGGGAUGGUUUACAGUGAGACCAGAGAUGGAUACAAUCAAAUAGGGACCUUUUACGGCAUGUCUUGCCAGAAUACCUGUUCUUGUGGACAAGUUAUCGGUCCCCCGCCCAUCACAGAGGUGUUUUGUGAACUUCUGUAA